AUGAGCAAGCUAGAUAGUAUAUUGCAAGCAGAACACAUGAACAAGCCAGAUUGUACGUGGCGAACAGAACACAUCAACAAUCCAGAUAGUAUGUGGCGAGCAGAACACAUCAACAAGCCAAUUAAACACAUGAACAAGCCAGUUAGUACGUGGCGAGCAGAAUACAUGAAGAAGCCAGACAGUACGUGGCGAGCAGAACACAUGAACAAGCCAGAAAGUUCGUUGGGAGCAGAACACAUGAACAAGCCAGAAAGUUCGUUGGGAGCAGAACGUAUGAACAAACCAGAUAGUACAUGGCGAACAGAACACAUGAUCAAGCCAGAAAGCAUGUGGCGAGGACCACACAUGAACAAACCAGACAGUACGAGCCGAGCAGAACACAUGAACAAGCCAGAUAGUCCCUUGUGA